AUGAUAAUCACCGCCGCGUUCCAGUUUGCAAUGGGCUUCCUCGCCUUGCUGCUGAGAUACGGCGAGCGAGGCCGCUUUCAUCACGUGGCAGAGAGAAUCAAACGGGGAUGUAGACGUGUCGUUUGGGUGUUGACCUGCUUCCAUUGCGGCCCCUGCAAGUUCCUCUGGCGCUGCUGCAGACGGAAAGGUGUAGUCUCGGCUCGUAAGCCAACAGCGGACCCGUCGUCCUCUGGUGCCGGUGCGAACGGCGCAGACGGUCAGCUACGACCGUCCAGAUUCGCAUUCAUUCUCAAGGUGACCGAAAUUCCGGACUGUCUGGCGGACAACUUCCGAUGGUACUGGUUUCUGCUGGCAGGCCAGGCCGGACUUAUGGUACGUGAGAUCAUUGUGAUUCAGAUGCUCAAUGGAUGGUACUGGGAGGUGUGUGCGGCAAACUUGGCCAUGUGGAUCGUCAUCACCCUUAUCGUCCGCCAGGUUUGGCUGUUUUCCAGGGUCAGGAACAAGUCGCCCAGGGCAGUAGACCAGAUACUUGACAUGCUUCUCCUGCCGAUCAACUAUGGAUUCCUAUGUGCUUUGUGUGUUCGUAUUCUGAAGUUGGAGAACACGGACCAGAACCGCACGAUUGUGUCGGCUAUGAUUGACAGUGCUGAUAUUUGGGAGUCCUGGGCGCUCUGGUCCGUUCUGAAGUUGUUCGUGAAGAUUGUGGAGCAUGCGAGCCAGCGUGUGGUUUCUCGGGAGAACGACUUUCGUCAAACCGCGCGGCAACGACAGCGUACUUUGUCCACAAUGAUUGCCGCAGAUGCCAGCACGGCCACUAGCAAGCUCGAGGACGUGACGCCACCUGCUCCAGGCCCCCCUCCGAGUGAAGAGGUCGCGGCAGGCGUGAUGCCGACCGGUGAAGGUGACCAUGCAGGCCCCACGCUGGCUGGACGAGACCCCUUGCCGGCUGAAGAAGAAGUCGCCACAGGCCUCAUGCCGCCCAGCGAUGCCGUCGACACAGGCCUUGUGCAAGCCGAUGGGGAGGAGCUGGCGGCAGCACAUGCAAGGACUGCAGGAGAUCCUCGCCCAUCACCUCGUUCGAGGAAUCAGGUGAGGGAGCCGACGGGUCGUCGGAGCAUCUCCUGGCCGAGUCUCCGGCGCACGCAGCCUCGCCAGGGGAAGCGCAAGGAGAGACCUUGGUCCCAGGAGCCCGAGCCUUGCAGGGGCCGGAGCCAGGCUCUGAAGCCCAGCUCCGAGGAGGACUUCAAGCUGACUCGUUCCAGAACGACCUCCAUCCUGGAAGAGACAGCUGAGCAGCUGGAGGAGGCUCCAAGAAGCCCUCGCUUGAGCGCCGGGGACGAGGAGGACUCUGGGAAGCAGCACGAGGAGGAGGUGGAGAAGGAAGGUCAAGACGGAGUCGACAAAGAGGCGACUCCACUGUCCAGCGAUGCAGAGCUCCUGCCGAUGCUGUCGGAUCAAGAACAUCCGCAAACACCCAUCAGCAGCCAGAGCCCCACAGAGCCGGAGGAGAUGGAUGGCCAGCCUGGACCGAUGGGCACUGGCCAGCCAGCGGUGGGGAGGUCAACGACACCAUCACCACAUGUUGGACCUGGCAGCAGUGCCCAACUUUGCGAGGCGCCGUUGCCACAGGCAACAGCAGAGGCGGAAGCCCUUGCCGUCGAGGAUGCAGACAAGCAAAUGCCUGUCCCCAUUUCGCCCGACUCUUCUGGCGUUCGACGCUCCCUGAGCGUCAUGAAUACCACUGGGACGAAGUACCUGGAGGUGGUGAACGCCUUCAAGAAGCUUAGCCUUUCGGGCGUGCAGGCCUGGGUCUUCAUCCUCUUGCUCGCCACCUUGGUGGAGGUCAUGUUCAAAGGCAUCCUGGCGCCGAGCAUGCCAACUGUGUGCUACUGGGUCUACAAGAAAUGCGAGAACUGCAACGUUUGGUACGACUUGAACUUCUACCAAUCGACGCAAGGGAUCAUCUACAUUCUUUGCAGCUUUGCUCUGAUCUUCGUGGUGGCCUUCGAGCGUGUGUUCCAAGAUUACCUGCACGGAAUCCAGCCCUAUUGGAAAUUCUGGGGCGUCAAGAUCGUGGUCAGCGUCACCUAUUUCCAGUGGCUUCUGUUCAAGUACGGCUUCCAGAUGCACGAGGAGGAGAUUUACCUCACUCACAGCUUGAUAUGCUGCAUUGAGAUGCCGAUCCUGUGUCUUCUUCAUGCGACCUACGCGUACCCCUAUGGGGAGGAGUGGAUGAAGCACCUCCUCGAAGACGACCUUUCCGGGGCACUUGGGGCACCGGUGCCUUUGGAUACUGAGGAAACUCCACCUCACACAGACACCUGGUGGGAACGGAAAGGAUGGUGCUGGGCAGUGCUGAGGUGGUGCUACCAUGCCACCCUGCUGGUCAUGUCCCUUCUUUCCAGUGUGGCGAUGGUGUGUUGGCUUCUGCCACCACAUUUAGACGUGGAGACCUUGCCUCCAGUCUACAACAUCACCUGCUCAAAGGAGGGUGUUUUGGACUACCUGAAGGGCAAUCUCAGCGCCAACUGGGCCCUGACGAACCGAAAGUCGGGCUUUGCACAGGUGGCUGGAGGGGACUACUGGCUCCCACUGUGCUCUUCAAUGGCAUUCGGAUGCCAACUCGGGUACAGAGGCCAUCCGAGAAUCUCCUGCAGCGCCGAAGGAGAUUACAAGGUGCAUGGCAUGUGUGAGCUCGUGGGCUGCGGAGCUCCACGGAAGGUGGAGCAUGCCAGCCCUGUCAUUGAAGAACAGGAGGCCAAGAAGGGAUGGACGACCGGCAUGACUGUCAAAUACAGCUGCGAUCGAGGAUAUUCUGGGCAAGCGUUUGCCACCUGUGGCAACGACGGCGCCUGGAAGUUCGAUGCUUCUCAGAGGUGCUCGCUCGUUGGUUGCGGUGCCCUCGAGACCUUUCUGCAGUCCUUUCAUUGGGGCGCAUCUGAUGGAUGGCGAGAGGCCAUGUCUAUGACCGGAGAGCAUGACCUCGAUCGGAGCUACGUGGGUGAGACAGUGCACUUCACAUGUUCGCCCGGCUACCGCGGCCGACCGGUUGCCCUUUGCCACGAAGGAGGGCGCUGGAGGAUGUCCGACGCUUGCGAGCCUUUCCAGACGUCACUGAAAUGUCACUGCAAACCGCGCUGGGUGCAGUGUGACGGCUGGCUGGGGACCGAUUGCAAGGAAUGGUACGGCUGCAAAGCCAGCACUGAUUCCUACGACUGGUGCGAGGUAGAUCCGCAGUCUUGCCCUCCAGAAGCCCACGACUUUUGGGGCGCAGAGCCUGCCUGGGACUACUGCGUGAACGACAAUUUCAAUAUCCACUGGGGGCCGAAAGCAGUUGCAGACAGAGGCAUCUUGCCAAAGACGGCAGGACUGUACAUAACUUUCCUCUUGACUGCUGCUGUUUCCUUCUUUUGCUUCCUGCAUCUGACUCUAGCCACGGCGAAGAAAUGCGCUGUCGCGUCGCAGCUUCGGAUCGUCGUAUCUCUUCGACGCUGUCUAUCCAGAACACCUGGCUUCACAAGACGUCGAUGGAGAAUCAUCAUGUGGGACAUUCGCAAUGCUUGUUAUGCAGGUUCUUCUGCAAUUGCAGAUGCUUCGUCGAGGCUGCGAAAGAGAACAACCGAUCUACUGGCCCGGGCUGUGAGCUACGUACAGAUGGCCCAGGCGGCCUGCCUCACAAGGGCACAAGCCAGCUGCGAUGCACUGCGGCAAAGAAUCUCCGCAGCAUCCAGCUGCCUAGGGAGGAUACCGAGCCGACUUUGCGUGUCCGGCGACAACAGUCUGCGGGCUCCGAUCCUGCCAGAAGGCGCUGGCGCAGAUGAUUUGGAAAGGCAGCGAUGCUGGCAAGGCCUCUUUUGUCAAGGUCAAACCUCCAAGCUUCGAGCCUUCAAAGGCAUCUUUCGGAACAACCCUUGA